GGUAAUUGGUGCUAUGGACAAGGAAUGUCCGCAUUGUCAUGCUCUGAAAUUCAAAAAUGAGCCAGCUGGGAUGUGUUGCGCGUCAGGAAAAGUGCAACUACCUGAAAUUGAAACACCACCUGAACCAUUGAACGGCUUACUUAUCGGCACAGAUCCAGAUUCUAACGUGUUCCUGAAGUCAAUUUGAAGAUUCAAUUCAUGCUUUCAAAUGACAUCGUUCGGAGCAACAGAAAUAGUUCGAAAUACUAAUGCAAAUGGUCAACAAUUCAAUUCUACAUUCAAAAUCAGAGGCCAAGUUUAUCAUAAAAUGGGCUCACUGCUGCCAAUGCCAAACGAACCACAUAAAUUCUUACAAAUCUACUUUAUGGGCGGCGAGGAUUCCGGAAGCGCACUUUCCAAUCGCGUGAAUGCACGUUGUGAUUAUAAUAACCUUGAUUCACUUUAUGCCAGGCGCAUCGUCAGCGAGCUAGAUGCUCUUUUGAACGAGCACAACGAGUUGUUGAAAAUAUUCAAAUCACAUAUGCACCAAUUACAAAGCGAUAAUCACGCUAUCGUCAUUAAUCCUGAUAAAACACCAGCUGGAGAGCAUAUUCGUAGAUUUAAUGCACCCGUUGUUGAUGAUGUUGCUGGAAUCAUGGUUGGCGAUUGUACAGCUGCACGGGAAAUUGUGAUUCGUAGAAGAAAUAAUAAUCUUCAGUUCAUUGCUGACACACAUCGUUCAUAUGACGCUCUCCAAUAUCCGCUAAUAUUCUGGAAGGGACAAGACGAAUAUUGCAUAAACAUAAAACAACGAGAUCCCGUAUCAGGAGCUGAAACAAACAAGAACGUUAGCUCAAAGGAUUAUUAUGCGUACCGAUUAAUGAUUAGACGUGGCCUGGACAACGUCAUUUUACGAUGUCGUGAGCUUUGUCAACAAUUCAUGGUCGACAUGUACGCGAAGAUUGAGAGCGAACGACUACGAUACUUACGAUAUAAUCAACAAAAGCUGCGCACGGAAGAGUACAUUCAUUUGCGAGACGCUAUUAACAACAACGCCGACGUCGCCGAAAUUGGUAACCAUGUCAUUUUACCAUCAUCGUACGUAGGCAGUCCACGUCAUAUGCAAGAAUAUAUACAGGAUGCUCUGACUUUCGUGCGCGAAUAUGGACGACUAUGUUUAUUUAUCACGAAAUCUAGAAAUCAAGGAAAGGGCAAUAACAAGAAGAGGCAGCUGUCCACGCCCAGCCCUUCUUCGAUAAUCGAGAAGCCACAACAGAAAAAGACAGCCCGGGAGGACGUCUGGACUACAGUGGACCGAAAUAGGAAGAAGAAAGAAAAAGAGCAUGAAACAGCGGCUCCCCCUAAUAAAGCUCAAAACCAAUCAAGUAAGGGUGCCUCUAAGAAACCGAGGAGAAAGAAGACAAGAACUAAGGCUGUUCUUGUUCAACCAGUAGACGGUCAAACUUAUGCUGAUAUCCUAAAGGAAAUCAAAGCCAAGGCUUCACCAGAAGCGCCUAAGUCUCCUGCCUUAAUGGACAGUAUUGUAGCGGAGCUUUUCCCCAAAUACCCGCCGCGGGAGGAGAAACACUACGCUAAAAACAGCGAAGGAACACCCUUCACAACUAAGUAA